GGACGUUUGAUUUAAUAGACAUAUUCUCACCAUUGUUUACACGUGUGUGCUCACCAGAGACAGAUGAGUGUCAACGGGCGAACAUGUGUGUGUGUUUGAAUGGGAGCCAGGAAAAGGGGAAGGGCUUCGAGUGAACGGACAAAAACAGCUGCUCUUGUGUGCUCGGGAAACUUCAGCCAGAGAGAGCGAAAGGAAGGAGAGGACCAACCUGGUCCAGAUCUCUAUAUGGGUUGCGCCCUGAGUGCGGAUAGCUGCGGGGACGAGCCUGAUCCGGUACCCGUAAGAGGGUCUGUGAGGAGGGAAAGAGCAGAAACUAAAGGGAGCAUGAGGUUGACCAAGGCGGGAAAGGGCGAGCCCCACGUCUUUAAGGAGAAGACUUUCAAAAAGAAGCGGCAGUGUGGGGUAUGCAGGCAAAGCGUGGAGAAUUUGGGCUCCUUUUGUCGAGUCUGCAAAACAGCCACACAUAAGAAAUGCGAAGCCAAGAUCAACACAGUCUGUGUCCCCGCACAAUCCUCAGAAUUGCGGAGGGGUACGUCCUCCUCUAGACACAUUCAGCAUCUGGGCUCGACCAAGUCUCUGACGUACACCAAACAGAGAAACACUCUCCCGAGGAGUUUCAGUGUUGACCGGGUGAUGGACAGAGUGAUGGAGAGAAACUAUGAUUUCGACCUCACGUACAUCACAGAGCGGAUCAUCUCUGUGUUUUUCCCCCCUCUGCUGGAAGAGCAGAGGUACCGCCUCAAUCUCAGAGAGGUGGCGUCCAUGCUCAAGUCAAAACACCAGGACAAGUUUUUGCUAUUCAAUCUGUCCGAGAGAAGACAUGACAUCACGCGUUUAAACCUGAAGGUUCAUGACUUCGGUUGGCCAGACAUGCACGCCCCUCCGCUCGAUAAGAUCUGCGCGAUGUGCAAAGCUAUGGAGACCUGGCUGAACUCCGACCCCCAGCAUGUGGUCGUCCUGCACUGCAAGGGCAACAAAGGAAAGACAGGAGUUAUCAUUGCUGCCUACAUGCAUUAUAGUAAAAUAUCAGCAGGGGCAGAUCAGGCUCUCAGCACGCUGGCCAUGAGGAAGUUUUGUGAAGAUAAAGUGUCAUCUUCUCUGCAACCCUCUCAGAACAGGUAUAUCUACUACUUUGGAGGGCUUCUCUCAGGGGCCAUCAAAAUGAACAGCAGUCCUCUCUUUCUCCAUCAGGUCCUAAUUCCGACCAUUCCAAACUUUCAAGAAGAUGGAGGUUUCUUCCCCUUCCUGAAGAUCUAUCAGUCCAUGCAACUCGUCUACACAUCUGGCAUAUAUGAUUUGCAGGGUUCUGGAAGCCGAAAGCUGAUUGUUACUAUUGAGCCGGCACUCCUGUUAAAAGGAGACAUUAUGGUAAAAUGUUAUCACAGACGUGUUCAGGCUGCUGAGAGGGACACAGUUUUUCGACUUCAGUUCCACACAUGCACCAUACACGGAGCUCAGCUCUGGUUUGGCAAAAGCGAGCUGGACGAAGCCUGUUCAGAUGAUAGAUUUCCCUCUGAUGCCAUAGUGGAGUUUGUGUUUUCAUCUGGACCAGAGAAGAUCAAAGGUAGAGCGAGCCAGAGGAAUGAUCCAUCUGUGAGUGUGGACUACAACACAAAUGACCCUGUGGUGCGCUGGGACUCUUAUGAGAACUUCAAUCAAAGACACCAGGACAGCCUAGACGAUAUCGCACACACCAAAGGACCUCUUGACGGGAGCCUGUACGCCCAGAUCAAAAAGCGUCGAGCUGCUGGCUCCGCCUCCCUUCCCUCCCCCAAUGGGAGCCCCACAAGAAGCUCAGAGGAGCGGCCCAGUCACCUUCUGUCUGUCAGCACUGAUUCUGGACACUCAUCUGUCCCUCCUGACCGCCUCGAUGAACCAACUCGACCAGCUCCACCUACCCAGCAGGAGAGGGAGGAGCUUGAGCGCCUACUGGGUGGAAUUGAAGGUGACGGUGUAGUAAGAGAUCGUGACCGAGAGACGGCCAUUUUGGAUGAUGGUGACUCCUUGCCUUCUGAACGGACUGGGUCGUUGAGGUUAAACCGUUCAUGCUCGUGUCGGGUGGGCUAUCGAUCCCAGCGCUGCGUCGAGCCUGGUUGCGAUGGACUUCACCAUUUAUCCAAUGGAUACUGCCUCGAUCGUCCCGCCACCACUAAUGGACACACUGGGACGUCCUCUCCAAGUAUGUCAUCAGUCAUAGGGCUUUGCCAACACCACAGUGCUCAUCCUCUCCAGUCGCUGCCACCUCCAGACCUUCUCUGGGACCGCCAACAAGGUCCACAACACUACCUUCAUCGCACUUGCUCAGAGGGACCUUCGCGUCACCUCUGUCCAUAUCCUUCCCAAGACAUCGGUCCACAUAGUAUGUCUCCCAAUGGCCGACUGCUUUGCAGGGCUGAUGACUACAUUCCAUACCCUCAGCACCACUACAACCAUCCACACCAUCCCAAACCCACUGGCCCCUAUAAUGAUGUUAUGAUGCUAGAUGGCCUUGUGACCCCUGGUUGCCCCUGUCGGGAUUGCUGUCUUCGCCGAGAAGAGAUCCACGCCCUCCGAUUAGACAGAGAGGAGGGACUGCACUGGGAGAGAGAAGUGGAGCUCCACCGGGAUGCUAGUUUAAGGCGAGGCAGAGAGUCUGACAUUCCUAGAGGGGCGGAGUUAUGGGACAGGGAGGCAGGGCUAAGGAGGGGCAGAGAAUUGCCACUCCACUGGGACAGAGAUAGAGAAGCAGAGCUACAAUGGGAGAGAGAACGAGAGGCAGAAUAUUGGCACAGAAGAGCUACCGUAUCCCCCUAUGGGCCCCACGGUCAUGACUUACCGGCGUUUAACUUCGAUCCCCUUCCCGCUGGCCACCCUGCAUACCCAGAACCCUCCAGGUCUCACUCACACGCCCAUCUGGACCUCAAAUACAGCAGCAGCUCCAGUGGGUACCAAACAGCGCACCCAACAUGCCCCUGUUCACCCUACCAGCCGUCGCCUUCCGAGAGCCGUGGAUAUGCAUCAGGUUAUCAGUCUGAGUCUACGUCACCCCUGCCCCCUACCUCUGCCGCUUGCCCUGGUCCAACACACCACGCCAGCGGACCUACAGACAACCAGACGGACCCACACCCUCAACAGUACACUUCUGACACAAAUACAGAUUGCAGUGGUGCAGAUAGCAUAGGCUGGCGUUGUCACGUUACCCAUGGUUCCCUGCGGCGGACACAUCAAGAUCCACAUGCUACAUGUUCCACACCCUCUGAGGUUUCAGGGCCUCCAACACCAGUCCACACCAGCAGCCCAUUACGAACCCAGGAGAGCCCUGGCCGUGUCCGCGAGUAUGAUGUUAGAGAAGUGAAAAUUGAAAGCAAUUCGUCCCACCCUCAAAACAGGCCACACCCACCCGACCAGCAAUCCCACAGUACCAAUCAAGUGCCUCGACAAACUAUCCUUCCACCUGAGACACACCCUUUCCCACCCACCACCCAGCAACUCUCCACCCACUCCCCGCCUACCCCACAAAACCCCACCACAGCAGAACACUCCGCCCCCUUAACACCUCUAUCAGAAUCCACACAACCACAGACAAACUGCCCUCCUGCUGCUGCUGCUGCUGCUGCUACAGCGCCUCCCAGAGGAGAAAUCGUACCUUCACCUCAGAUAGCGCAACCGACUGAAAUUGUUACACAAGCAGCCCCACUUUCUGUUACUCCAACAACACAACCGUCCUCCACUCCCAUCCCUGAUGAAUCCAACACGGCUCACUUACAAAGCAACGGUCUUUCGCAAUCUCCUGAACCAGAUAUCCCUAAACCUGCUUCCUCAUCCCCUGAUACCCCACACCACGAGAGUCCUGAACCCCCAGUUCCUGGAUUUGCAACUCUGGGCAGGAAGCUAAUGUUGGGUACUGAAACCUCACUUCCAGCAGGACACAUGCAGGUGUGCCCCAGUAUGGACGCAAGCCCCAAUACAACUCCAACAUUCCCGGUUUCUCCAACAGGCUAUACCCCAUCUCCUCCACCAGGAUCCUAUUCAGGGUCUCCAGCUGUUGGUGUUCCACAACCUCCCCUUCCUGAGAAGCGUCGCCCAUCUGGCUUGUCAGGCUCACCCAAUGGAAGGUCAGGAACGCUCAGGGCGUCUUUAGGUCAACCGUCUUCUGGACAGCACCACGUUACGUUCUCCCCUUCAGUCGGGGAGCUUACCGUGCCUGCUGGACAGGAAGAUGUCAGUGUGGAAGGCGAUGGUCGUGUCAGUGUGAAAUUUGUGCAGGACAGCUCACGGUUUUGGUAUAAACCUGGCAUCUCUAGAGAGCAAGCUAUAGCAGCACUGAAGGAAAGAGAGCCAGGGGCUUUCCUCAUUCGAGACAGCAACUCUUUUCAGGGGGCUUACGGCCUGGCUUUGAAGGUGGCCAGCCCACCCCCCAACAUCAACAACCACAGUAGCAAAGCAGGUGGUGAUCCUCUGGAUCAGCUGGUGAGACAUUUUCUGAUCGAGACCGGACCGAGAGGAGUAAAGAUCAAGGGCUGUCAAAAUGAGCCUUACUUUGGGAGUCUAUCAGCACUGGUGUAUCAGCAUUCCAUUACACCCAUCUCUCUGCCCUGUGCCCUCCGCAUCCCAGAGAAAGACCCAAUAGGAGAGGUGCAAGAGGUUCAGCCUGCCAGUAAUAUGAGCACAGCUGCAGACCUUCUAAAACAGGGAGCAGCCUGUAAUGUGUUAUACCUGAACUCGGUAGAGACUGAGUCACUAACUGGACCCCAGGCCAUUGCGAAAGCAACAGAGGCCACAGUGACACGUAACCCUCGGCCCUCUGCGACAGUGGUCCACUUUAAAGUGUCAGCGCAGGGCAUCACACUCACAGACAGCCAACGCAGGGUGUUCUUCAGAAGACAUUAUCCCAUCAACAGUGUGACAUACAGCAGUCUGGACCCACAGGACAGAAGGUGGACUAACACAGACAGCACAACCUCUAAAGUAUUCGGUUUUGUUGCCAAGAAGCCCGGGAGCGUGGCGGAAAACGUUUGCCACCUUUUCGCAGAGCUGGAUCCCGAACAGCCGGCGACUGCCAUCGUCAACUUUAUAAACAAGGUUAUGCUGGCACCACAGAGACGCUAGAGCUGUGGAGACGAGGAGCAUUGAUGAUUUUCGGUCACACAUUGCCUCAUGGUUUUAAAAUGGCUUUGCGCACCUCUGUUUAAAGACCAAUGAUGACUAAGUUUAAGGGCUUCAACACUGUCUUGAGUUUUGUUAUACCAAAACAAAUUCAAACCAAAACUUACAGAAUGUAAACCGUUAUGAAGAGAUAUUUUUGCAUUUAAAGGAUGAGUUUAGCUUUUAAAUAAAGUCACUCGUAGCACCAAGAUUGCAACAUGAUGCAGCAGUGUUAGCAUCAAAACACAUACAUGUAUCUAUCUAUGAAGCACUGUUACUCUCCCCUGAAUAAAAUCAAUCUUGUAUAUAUACAGUAUACACUAUUAGAUGCUGCAGUAUGACAAUCAUCUGUUAAUAUAUCAAUGUCAGAUUGUGUUCAGUAAUUGUAUGUGUAAGUUAUUGGUCAAAUAUUAUAUCAGCAGCCAUGUGCUACUAUCAGAAAAAAGGAGUGCUUUUUUUUAAUCUGGCCCACGGUGUCAGCGAAUGACAGCGAAAGUUACAAAGUGUUUGAGAUGGAGAUGCAGACGGAGAACCAGACAUGGUGUAGUUGAAAAGCUGAGCAGGAGUUCCAGUAUAGAGAGGAUUUUAAUGUCAUGUAGUGGAAGGCUGAUGGUUAUGUGAUUUAUUACGCAAAGAGAAUUUGGUUAACUUCAUUAAAUCGAGCUUCAUUAAAGGUUCCUUCGGGCUAUGCUUCCAUCAAGAAUCUUUCCACAAACACUUCCUUGUAGUGGGAAAAUGAUCUACCCAGGUAAUAAUAAAGUAUACUUGAAUGUACUAAAAAUAUACUUACAAGUGCCAUAGAAUGUAAAAGUGUAUUUAGCUAGGCAUAGAUGAAUAACAAGAGUUGUGUAGAUGGUAAUGACCUAUAGUGAGCCUCAAACACGAUUGUUUUCUCAUUUUUAUGUAAACCUCAUGCAUGCAAAAGACAGCUGGAAAACAGACCGAUCUCAACAUAACACCCACUGUGACGUUACAGUCGUGAUGUACGCCCACAACAUUAAAUUAAGAACAAUUGAGUUCGCGCUAUAUGCUAGUUAAUGCUAUAUGCUAGCGUUUAGGCUGAAGUUCUACUAUUGACGUUACAGUUACAUUUUGCAGGUCCAUGAAAAAAAACGUACCACUCAAAAAUGUCUAUUAAAAAUCUCCAAACAAUUGAUUAUUCCUCAAGUCUGUAUCUAUACAGGCUCAAACAUAAGGGCUGUUUACAUACACACAGAGCUACUGAACUGAACUGCUCUAAUGCUGGAUUCACACCAAACGCGGUAGAGGUGGCAAAAACGCGCUAUUCGCAUAGUUGGACGCUUGAACAUUUAGAGUUUACUCGCUUUGAGACAUUCACACGGAAAUUCUGUGACUGCUCCCUGCCUGUAAUCACGUAACGGCAAAGUUCAGAUUUUUCAACCCGCGUGUUUGCUUAAAUUCACAUUGAACGCGCAAACUAGACACGCGAAUGAGGCAGAUUUGCAUCUACCGUGCCGUGCUAAAUGCCUUAUUCAUGCCGCAACCUCCAGACACGCAUAAAGGGGCUUUACAUUGACUUAUUACACGGCUCUCUGGAAUGCUUGAUUCUGAUUGGUCAGUUGAGACAUUUGCAGGUUCGUUCUUUUCAAAUAAUAACCGCUCCAAAGUAAUAACGCAUAGCCGUACUACUUGUAUGUUUUAAAUCCCUCCGCGCCAACAAAGAUUACUGUUUGGCGCCAUCUUGUGACAAACACUGGACAACCACAAUUAAGAAUGGAAAAUUUUGACAUUAAUUUUAACAUGUACGGAAAAAAGAAAACAUUUAAACAGUGGAUAGAAGAACGAACAACGACAAGACACAGCUGAACUUGAGCAUGACAUGCUAUGAAGCCAACACACACAAAAAUACAGAAUGGACAUUAAAACUUCUCAAAAACUGGAUAAAAGAGAAAAAAAUGGAGACAGACAAGUAUGAAGCAGAGGAUCUUAAUAAGGUAUUACGAUCAUUUUAUGCAUCUGUGCAAAGUUUCGCGGAAGGAUAAAAAUGUUAAUUUAAAACAAAUAUGCCAAUAAAAUGUUUCAAAUUCAUAUUCAUGUCCAGUUGUCCAGUUUUUUUUCUUAUGUGGCAAGUAGCCGUGUAAUAAGCGGGAUAAUGUAGAGGCAGCCUGUAGUUAUUGCGAAAUAAGCCCCUUCAGUGUGAUACAAGACCCUCCGCUUCGCGUCACACUGUCGGGGCUUAUUUCCCGGCUGCCUCUACAUUAUCCCUUACUUAACAUUGAAAUCACUCGUGCUUGAAACCUCUACCGCGGCUGGUGUGAACGCAGCAUAAUGCUACGCACACACCAAACGCGGGGUAUCGCGUUACUCACUCUAGAUCACUCGCGGGAUUUAACUUAACUAAUUUUUAACUUGCGUUGAAUAUUUUCAACUUGGGCGAAGAUGAAUAUCCCAUAUCGCAUCGCCCCACGCGAGGACGCGUCUGAUCGCAUCUUUGCAUUGACUUUGUAUGUAAUCUAGUUGAACUCGCGUCUGGUGUGAACCCACAGUAAGAAACAGUCAAUCAAAGCAGAGCUCAACAUUAUUAUUCAUGACUUUUUUAAAUAAGGUAAUAAUAGACCAUUUCAUUCUGGGGGCAAAUCAUAGGGUUGUAAAUGCGCAUGUAAAACCGUCUCUGGAUGAUUUUUGCACUUAAUAAAGCCACACUAUUUACGUAGAUAUCAGAGAACAAAUUAUUUCAAUGCAUUCUUUGGCACCUUUAAAGCUACAAUAUGUGAGAUUGUUGUAAUAAAAUAUCCAAAAAUCACUUGCACAGUGUGAUAUACUUGCAGUUGUGUACGUGCAUUAUCCCAAAAUUAUCCAAAAAUGUAUAAAUCCAGAGAUAAAUUCCUGUUUUAAAUAAUGUCUCGUCGUCCCUUUUCUCAUCUUGUAAUUGUUUCUUUCGUAAAAAGACAACGUUGUACUCAAACAAGAAGAUAUUUAUUUACCUUUACAAGACGUUCUUCAGCCGCUCCGCUGUGGAACUUCAGUUCGUUGCGCUCAGGGGGCGGAGUUAAGAGGUUUGAUUGACAGUUUGAGCGGAUCCAAAAGAUUUAGUUUUUUUUAAGUAAAAUACAAUUUGUGCACAAAAUAAUUGAAGUAAACUUAGUAAAUGUACUAUUUUUAUGCACUAAUUUUGUCUAAAAGAUAAAACUUGAGAAUAUCUAAGCGCACUUAAACUGUGCUAUUUUGAGACCAUUGAAAGUAUUACUUGUAGAACUAUAUUUUAGUUUUAUUUAUAGUGUAUAAAGUUUAAACAUUUAUUUGGCACAAAAUAACAAUGUAUCAAAUGUAAAAUAAGUGUAUUUUCGUACAUUCAAGUAUACGUUCGUUAUUCCUGGGACUUUACUGCACAUAACCCUAUUGAGCAAGUCUAGGGCAGAACUAUACCACCUGUUGUGUAAUGUUUCACGUAUUCAUAAACAACAUAUAACAGUGCUAUAUAAACAUCCACAUGACAUGAUUUAUGUUAAAGCUUCGUCAGCUGAGCAUCACGCCUGCGUGUUACGUUAUAUUGGAAUAUAAUCGGUCUUUAAACUGAUAAGACGAGUGGAAGUCUCCAGCUUUACAUACGAGUGAUUUAGAAAGUUGUUUAUAACCAAAGACGUUUGUGGAGCAGCCAUGUAUUCAUUGAAGCUGUGCCAUUUAUUUUACGUGCCUGUGUUGUUUUUGACAGAUAGUAAGACACGUCUAUGACAACUUUAAUAUAUUGUAUUCUGUAUUUUCUUAUUGAUCUUUGUAUGUAGUAAUAUAUUUUCUCUCACAUGCAGCUAACUCGGAAAGUAAAAACGACUACAUGGAAGGAAACUGAUAAAAGGAUUUUUUUAUUACCAUAUGCUAUUUUUUCAGUGUAUGCACAAAUGAAAAAUAUAAUAAAAUGUAAAGUCAUGGUACCAUA